AUGGCGCUAAUUUUUUAUCGAAAUAAUCGAAACUCUCAACAAGUAAAAGUGAGAUUUUAUUGCACAACAUCAAAAAUCAAUCCGUUAAAAGUCCCAAAAAGAAUUUUAGUACCCCAAAAACCAGUUAAAAGUAGAAUAGAUCCAAAUAAGCUCCCCCAAAAAACUCUAAUCACCGCCGAAACCAUCGCGUUGUUAGAACGCCUCUCUUUAGUUGAUUGUGCGAAUCGUGAAGGAAUUAAAACUUUAGAGGCUGCUAUUGAGUUUGCGGAUCAAAUUUUGCAAGUAAAUACGCAAGGGGUUGAGCCAUUAAUAACUGUAUUAGAAGACAAGCCUUUACAAGUGAGGGAUGAUAAGGUUACAGAAGGAAAUUGUAGGGAAUCAAUUUUAUCUAACUCAUCUUUGCUGGAAGACGAAUACUUUGUAGCACCUCCUGGAAAUAUUCCAUUAGAAGCACGAGAAGAUCUCCUUCAUGAACAGCAACAAAAUAAAACCUCUCCUGGAGAUAAAAAACGUUUUGGAAGUAUGUGA